AUGAGCACAACUCAAAACUCAACCACAACCGUCCUGGAUGUUGUGAUCAACCAGAACAUUUCAUCAAACACACCAUCGGGCUUUCAGAAUCUCACGUUUUCAGACCUGAUCGGGGAAUACAACUCAACAACGUCUACAAACUAUUUAGGGAUACAGUAUGCUGAUUUUAACCCAUACACAUUAUGGUACAUCUGUAUGGCAUUAUUCCUUGCAGCUGCGUCAAUAAUCCUGGCUCUUACAUUUUCUAUCGAGAGCUUUCAAAGGAAUUGCCUGUUGUAUUGGAUUUUCUCCUUGCAGUUCCUCAUUACGGCUUCCAUGUAUCUUUUCAUGAGUCUUAACAUCGGUUUGCUUUAUGAAGUUUACGAUGUGAAAGUCGAGCCAGGAAUUAUCCUGCAGCCAGGGGUCAUGUUACAUAGACCAACAAACCCCCCUGUGUAUUGGAUGAGGAAUGUUUUCUGGACAUUCUCUACUUCGAUUGAUCUUUUCAUCCUUACAGUUGUCGUCGACAGCAGCAAGAACAUUUCGAAGCAGAAGAAGUACAAGACGCUGAUUAACUGGGAAUAUAAAACAUAUCUCUUCAUGAUAAAUGCUGCUCUGCAUACUUGUGGGGUCAUCGGGACUAUCGUGCCAGCCUCUCAGAUAUCCAAGGUUUGCAAGUGGACGUACUGGGUCUUCGGGCUGGGGUUGUUUGUCAUGCUGAUGAAUCAACUGGCGUCGAGUCAGUGCCCUCUGAUGAAGACGGCCGAGAGAAACAUGGUGCUCCAGUCUUACAAGAAGCUUGUCCGUGUUGUGAUCAUCACAUGGUCCCUCUACCCUGCUCUCUGGGCGAUUGGAGACGGCAGUGGGACCAUUGCAUGGAACUUGAAGGAAGUGAUGUAUGCUGUCAUCGACUUCAUCUCCAAGUUCUCGUUUAUUGCCAUGUUCCUACAUUGUACAAACUCUCCGAGUUGCCAUUGGAAUGUCUCUCUGGCAUCGUUCGCUUCCUGGUUUCGCUUGUGCCUUGGUGAUGAUGGAGGGCUUAAGGUCCUGUGCAUGCAAAUGGACGCCAUGCAGCCAUUAGCUUGCUUCGCUAAAGCAAUCAAGCUGAAACGUCACUAUGGCUGGCGACGAGUCGCCCCCAUGCUUUAUAGAAUGAAGAAGUUCCCUCAGACGCUUGUGUUUCCAGAUUUAACCCGAUUUGAUCCCGACGACAUAAAUGCGGUCAACGGAAUCCAUGGAAUCUUUUUGGAGAAGAACGAGGACACUGGGGAGUUCCUAAUCAAUUCUCACGGCAAAUACGGAAAAGCUCGGUCUGUGAGGACGUUUGAGCCCUGGGUGAUCCAGUAUAGGACCCCCCCACGCCCUCCUGCAGAGCUCAAAGAGUACAUGGAGUGUAUGGCCCUCGACGCGUAUUAUGCCGAGCCUCCAAGGUGCAUGAAUGUUCGACAAGCUUUGAAAAAACAGGUCAGUGUGAAUCAUGCCAAGGUUUGGAAGGAGUGGCACAUAGCAGCCUUCGAUGAUGCAAGGUUUCUUCACCCUGUUCUGAGCGAUGCGAGGAAUCCCCCUGUCCCUUCCCCGUCGUGGCUGCUCGAUCAAUGGGAGUACGAGAUCACCAAGUUUAAGGCAAGAGGAAGCAGGAAAACCGAAACCACGAAUCUUCCUGGAAAAGAUUUUGGGUCUAUUGGUAUUUUGUCAGGCAAAGGAAGGUUCUGGUUUUGUGAAUCAAAAUCGUAUGAGAUUGGUUGUGGAUUGAGAUUGGACACAAAAUGGCCAAUCUUGUUCUACACUAAAAAUGGAGUGGUGGGUCAUCCAGCCGAGGUCGAUGUUUCGCAUGAUGUCAGCAAAUCUCAUAAGAGAUUGGUGACAGGUGUCUCCUUAUGGCAGCCAAUCUUCUCGGGAGUGAACAACGUUAAGGCAGAUGCCUUCUACCACAAGAAAGCUGGCGUUAUGCACGGCGCGAGUCUGUUUGUUGAUUACCGCGACGUUCGUUACAGACCCGACGCAAAAGUAGCAGCAUGUUUGGACCGCUUCUAUCAAGCGUUCCUUGCAGACGGUUUCUUGGCCCGCAAUAUGCUGAUGGGGUUCAUGCUCAAACGCCUCAGCCGGGAGACGAUUGAUACUUAUAUGGGAGAAGCUCGCAACAUGGCUGUCGUUGUCUGCAUGGAUGUCGUCCCUGCUUCAGAGCCUUGCCUGAAUGAGUAUCCUGACCACGAGCAGCUAAGGAGAGAUCGGCGAGAGCGGCGAUACUUCUCGCAACGCAAGAGGGAGCUCGGAGAUCUGCUAAGUCGAAUUGGUGAAAUGAGUCGCAGAAAUCCCGACAAGCGGAAAGAACACGAUAAGAUUUGUGAAGCCUUGCGGAAGCGACGAGAGGCCAUGGAUCAUGUUUUGAAGGAGCGCAAAUACCGACUUGAAAGAGAGCAAAGGGAGCGAGUCGACCUACAAUGCGAGGCUCGUGAGCUUGACAAUUUCAGAUUGGAAAUCGAGAAAAAGAUGAUGAGUUCAGUGUUGGCAGACAAGGAUUGGUCUGCCGAAAUGGAACCUAUUCUGUUCGAAAAAGAGCGAGCUUUUGAAAGAAAGCUUGAACAGCGCACUGCGCGUUUGAGAAAAGAAUUUGAAGAGCGCUGUACGGCAGAAAGUGAAGCUUUGUUGAAGGAAUACGAGGGCAGGAGCCCUGUGCUGUUCGCUGAGGAUGAUGGUGAUCUGCGAUAUGACACAAUGGAUACGGAGGAGCAUACAUUCUUCGAGAAUGAGAACAAAUGGUUGUUUUCUACUGGGCUUGCAAGGAUGUCUGCAUUUCUUGAUGAGAAUGGAGAGCGAAUCCCCGAGAUAACAUGUGAAGGUGAAGUCGAGGACGAUUACGAUGAAUCUACUUUCAUUUUUUGA